GUCUCGAAGACAGUCUGCUUGUAUUCGUGUCCAUUCGACUGGCAGGGAGUGUCCAGGCCUACUCAGGUUGAAGCUGUCUGUCAGUAGGACUGGAUUUCAACAGCAUGUUAUAGGAAAGCUUUACUGCAGACCUGAACACAUUUUUUUGCAGUUUAAGAUGGAGUUUUACAUGCAGAGGAUACUGAUGUGUGCUUUGGCCUUGCAGAUAAUAGACUGGCCCAGCUCAGCCCUGGUUUCUGGGAAGGGUGGCAACGCCCUUACAGGCCGAUGCAGUCUCUUUGGAAAGGACCACAUCCAGACCUUCGAUGGGAAUUUCUACAACUUCCCAGGAGACUGCAGCUACAAGCUGGCAGGGGAUUGCCAGAAACGUUCUUUCUCGCUUGUGGGUGACUUCCAGAAAGGGCAAAGAAAAAGUGUGUCUGUCUAUCUGGGAGAGUUCUUAGAAAUCCAUCUGUUUUUGGACGGCACCGUCACUCAAGGGGAGAAAAGGCUAUCACUGCCCUAUGCCUCCAGUGGUAUCUUCAUAGAGACGGAGGCAGGAUACUACAAGGUGUCCAGCGAGGAGUAUGGCUUCCAGAUGAAGAUUGACAGCAACGGGAAUAUUCAUAUGCUUCUCUCGACGAUUCAUUCUAACAGGACGUGUGGCCUCUGUGGGAACUUCAACAACGUCCCUGAGGACGAUUACACGACUCAGGAGGGGUUUCUGGCAGAGAACAGCUACGACUUUGCUAAUUCCUGGGCCCUGCAUGGUGCUGGAGCUCCCUGCAAAAGGGUACUCCCCUCCAGCCAGACCUGCGAUGUUUCUACUGAGACACAAGAGGAUCCCAUGUCGAGGUGUCGGAUCCUGUCCAGCUCUCCUGUGUUUCUGAAGUGCGCUCACGUCGUGGACCCCGAGCCCUUCAUCAGCAUGUGUGAGGACGACACCUGCCACUGCCACGAGGGUCCUGAGUGCCAGUGCCAUGCUUUCCUGGAGUAUGCCAGGACCUGCGCCCAGAGAGGCGUGAUCCUGAGGGGCUGGCCCGCUGAGAGCCACUGCAGUCCGCGGUGUCCCUUUGGUAUGCAAUACAAUGAGUGCACCAGUCCCUGCAGCCACACCUGCCAGAGUCUCAACAUCAGUGACGUGUGCAAGGAGGGCUGUGGCGACGGCUGCAGCUGCCCAGCGGGGAAGGUUCUGGAUGGAGAGCACUGUGUCGACUCCUCUCAGUGCUCCUGCACCCACACGGGCCACCACUACCCCCCCGGCUCCAGCAUCGCCCAGGACUGCAACACCUGCAUAUGCAGACACGGACUGUGGGAGUGCAGCAAUGAAGAGUGCCCAGGAGAAUGCUUCGUCACUGGGCAGUCUCACUUCAAGAGCUUCGAUAACAAGUUCUUCACUUUCAGUGGUGUCUGUCAGUACUUGUUUGCGAAGGACUGUCAGGAUAAUGAAUUUGCUGCCAUCAUUGAAACAGUCCAGUGUGCCGAUGACCAGGAUGCGGUGUGUACCAGGUCAGCCACUUUGCGUUUCCACAAGCUGUCCAAUAUCACCAUUAAGAUGAAGCACGGAGGAGGGGUGUCAGUAAAUGGUCUGGAUAUUCAGACUCCUUUAGUACAAGGACCCCUUCGGAUCCAGCACACUGUUAUGUCAUCUGUGCAGCUGACUUACAAUGAGGACUUUCAGCUGGACUGGGAUGGUCGUGGCAAACUCCUGCUGAAGCUAAGCCCAGCGUACUCCGGUAAAAUGUGUGGCCUGUGUGGAAACUACAACGGUAACCAGGGCGAUGACUUCCUGACCCCCGCUGGCCUGGUGGAGGUGCAGGCUGGGGGCUUCGGCAACUCCUGGAAGAUAAACGGGGAAUGCAAGGACUUGACCAAACAGGAUUCGGACCCCUGCAGCCUGAACCCUAAGAGAGUGCGGUAUGCAGAGGCCUGCUCUGUGCUCACGUCCCCGGAGUUCGAACCCUGCCACUACGAGGUGAACCCUGCUCCGUUUGUGAAGAACUGCCGCUACGACGUCUGCUCCUGCUUGGACGGGAAAGAGUGCCUGUGCUCUGCUGUCUCCAGCUACGCUGCCGCCUGUGCCAGGAAGGGGGUCUUGGUUAACUGGAGAACACCAGAUUUCUGCGAGAUGAGCUGUGCUGAGGACCAUGUGUACCAGCAGUGUGGGAGCCCCUGCAACCAGACCUGCCGCUCGCUGUCCUUCCCUGACACUGCCUGCAGGGAGCUGUGUAUGGAGGGCUGCUACUGUCCCCCGGGGUUCUACGCUGAUGACCACGGGGACUGUGUGCCCAGGGCCCAGUGCACCUGCCAUUAUGACGGAGGCGUUUUCCAGCCCGGUGAUGUCUUCUCUAGCCACUUCACCAUAUGUUCCUGUGAAGACGGUGCGAUGCACUGCAGCUCCAGUGACCUCCCCACUGCCAUGCUGUCUGACCUUCUCAUGAACAACUUGCCAUCCACACGAGUGAGAAGAGCGCUGUCCUGCAGACCCCCUAUGGGCAUGUUUGUGUGCAGCAGCCCUAUAGAAGAGGGGAUUGAGUGCACCAAAACCUGCCAGAAUUACGAUCUGGAGUGUGUGAGCCAGGGCUGCAUCUCAGGCUGCAUGUGUCCUCCUGGAUUGGUCCGACACAGGACGCGCUGCAUGGCCCCGGAGCAGUGUCCCUGCUUCCACAACAGCAGGGAAUUCCGUCCUGGACAGACCGUCUCCAUGGACUGCAACACCUGUGUGUGUCGUGACAGAAAGUGGGAGUGUACAAACCAGGUCUGUGACGGGUCCUGCAAGUCCAUUGGAGAGGCGAACUACCUGACCUUUGAUGGCAUGAAGUACACGUUCCCAGGACUCUGCCAGUACGUGCUGGUGCAGGAUUACUGCAAUGGCAAUGAGGGAACAUUCCGCAUACUGAUGGAGAAGAUUGGCUGUGGAGUACAGGGCCAGAGGUGCUCAAAAGUCACCACGGUGCUGUAUGAGGGAGGAGUCAUAGAGCUGGCCAAUGGAGUGGUGACGAUGAGGAAGCCUGUAAAGGACGAGACAGAGGUGGAGAUUAUCCGAUCAGGGCUGUACUUCAUUUUGCUGCUGGGGAAAGGGAUCUCUGUGACGUGGGACCUGGGGACGAGAGUCACGGUGCAGCUCAAAGGACAGUACCGGAACAAAGUGUGCGGGCUGUGCGGGAACUUCGAUGGAAUUCAAAACAACGAUUUGCAGAGCAGCAACAACCAGGUGGAGGUGGAGCCUUCGGACUUCGGGAAUACUUGGAAAGUCAAUCCCGGCUGUGCGGACGCUGUGCAGCUGCCUUCCCAGUGCAGUGACAGCAUCAUGAAGCUGGUUUCAGUGGAGCAGUCCUGCAGUGUGAUGGUCAGCGAACUCUUCAAGGAAUGCAACAAGCUGGUGGACCCGGAGCCCUACAUGGAGAUCUGUACCUACGAAACCUGCUCCUGCCCGUCCAUCGGAGACUGUGUGUGUUUCUGUGAUGCCGUGGCUGCUUACGCACAAGAGUGCGCCCAGCACGGGGUCCUCGUUCACUGGCGGUCCAACAGUCUGUGCCCCCUGAGCUGUGAGGAGCUGAAUGCAGCGGAGCUGGAGUUUGCGUGUGAGUGGAGGUACAACGCCUGCGCCCCAGCCUGCCCCAUCACCUGCCAGCACCCUGAACCCCUGGGGUGCCCUCUGCAGUGUGUGGAGGGGUGCCAUGCAAACUGCCCCCCAGGAAAGAUUUUGGACGAGGUGGCUAUGAAAUGCAUCGACCCCGCCCAGUGUCUCAUGUGUCUCCACGAGGGGAAGAGGGUCGCCCAUGGCAAGAAGAUCAUUCUGAACCGGGAGAAUGAGGACCUGUGCCAGAUCUGUCACUGCGAAGGCAGUAACCUGUCCUGUGAGGUCUGCCCAUUGGAGUUAGUAACCACCCCAGCACCCACCGCCCUCCCUGUCACCACUCCUUACGGAGACCUGGUCACGGCUCCAAUCCCGGAGAACGUGUGCAGCCGGGCGCUGGACCUGGCCUUCAUGGUGGAUGGCUCGUCCUCUCUGACGGAAGACGACUUCGAGACCGUGAAGGACUUCAUCAUCAACGUGGUGGACCGGUUCCACAUGGGUGCAGCUUACACCCGCGUGACGGUCAUGCAGUUUCACUCGGGCAUCAAGAGCUACGAGAUGCAGGUGCAGAAGUCCGCCUUCAAGAAGUUGGUGAGGGCGAUGAAGUACAGUGGCGGGGAAGCAGCCUUCAUCAACGAAGCUCUGAAGUACUUAGCACUGAACAUCUUCGACAAAAACAAGCGAGAACACGCUUCCAGAGUGGCCAUUCUGCUGACAGCCAGUACUUCACCGCGCAAGGUCAAGGGUAUGCUGAAGCUGCUGUCCAAGAAAUCCAUUACCAUGCUCUCCAUUGGCAUGGGACCUUACAUCAGCAUGGACCAGAUCAAUCAGAUCACCAGCAACUCGCCCAGCAACAAGGCUGUCAUUCUCAGCAGCAGCAACGAGCUUGAGGAGAACACUGAGGAGCUGGCCAAAUAUCUGUGCCAACUUGGCCAGAUUCCUACAGUUCCGCCUCCAAAGAUGACCAAGUCUCCCAAAGCCCCUCCUACCACCACAACAAUGGCUAGCCCUAUUGUCAGCAAAACUCUUGUCCCUCUAAACACUGCUCCGUCUACUACCUCCUUAUCCAGUGGACCCACCACCUCUGCUUCCCAAGCUCAGAUAGAUAUCACCUUUGUCAUUGAAGGCUCUGACAAAGUGGGCGAGGAGAACUUCAACAUCACCAAAGAGUUCCUGUUGAAGUCCAUCGAGAAGAUGUCAGUUGGGGAGAAGACCAUCCGCAUCACCAUCAUCCAGUAUUCCUACAACUUUACCAUUGAGUACUCGUUCACCGAGAGCCAGAGGAAGGACAAUAUCCUGAAAAGAAUCCGCCGCAUGGAAUGGCGAGGCGGCAAUGCUACCAAUACUGGAGCUGCUGUCUCCGAAACCACCUUCACGACUGUACAGGGGAACAGGGACCAGGUUCCUGAUUUGGUUUUCCUGAUAUCCAGUAACCCCCCAAGUGACACCAUCACAAAACCAGCCGAGGAUUCCCAGACAAAGAUUAUACCCAUCGGAGUGGGACCACAAGUGAGAGAAAUAGACCUGGAACUCAUCGGUUAUCCACAAAAACCCAUAAUGAUUAAAGAUUACAAAAGUCUUCUUGAACAAGGGGUGACGAAAGUGAUUGAAACAGUCACAGCAAUAGCAUCACUAUCACUCCCUGCUGCUCCCACAACUGCUGCCAUUCACAUCACCCCAGUGCCAACCACAAUGCUGCCCUCUUCAGUUCCGUGUGACAGACCGAUGGAUGUGAUAAUCAUGCUGGAAGGGAGCGCAGGAAUCCCACAACCACAGUUUGAGGAAAUGAAAACAUUCAUAAAAGCCUUCAUCAACAAAGCAGACAUUGGUGCCAAUGGAACCCACUUGGCUGUUCUUCAGUAUGGAAGGAGCAAUAAUCUUGAAGUGUCAUGGGUAGACCGUCAGAAUAAAGAGAGUCUCCUCAGCAGUGUGAACUUAAUGCAGCAAAGGGAAGCGGGUCCCACCAGAUUAGGGGACGCCCUGCUAUUCACCAUUCAGAGCGCAGUGUCGGAGGUGCACGGGGGGCGUCCGGGGGUCCCCAAGAUUGCAGUGCUGAUCGUGACACGCCCCUCCCAGGACCCCGUGGAGGAAGCUGCCAGGGAAGCACUGACUGCGGGAGUGGCAGUGGUCCCCAUUGGAGCUGGGACACAGUUUGAUGAGGACCAGCUGGUCACAAUAGCAGGGCACGCCAUGAAAGACAACAUUAUCCACCUCCAUCGAGUGGAAGACCUCCCCACCAUGGUCACUCUAGGGAACCAGUUCAUUGACAAACUCUGCAGAGUCAAACCCCCUGGGGUGUGUGUGGAUGAUGAAGGAAAUGAAAGGAAGCCCGGUGAAACUUGGACUCUGUCUGACCAGUGCCACAGCCUCCUAUGCCACCCCAAUGGGGCCAUCUCCAUCCAGAGCCACAAGGUGAACUGUGAGAAGAUGCAGAAGCCAGCCUGCAGGAACAACCUGCCCAGCAUGAAGAUCCAGGAGACCUGUGGCUGCCGCUGGGCCUGUCCUUGCAUGUGUAUGGGGAGCUCCACCAGCCACAUUGUUACCUUUGACGGUCUUGCCUUCAAGCUGACGGGAUCCUGCUCCUACACGCUCCUGCAUGACGUGGCGCACGGCAAUGACAUCAUCCUGCACAAUGUGCCAUGCCCAGCGGACCCCAAGCAGAGCUGCAUGAAAUCUAUAGACGUGAAGUACGCUGGCACCUCCAUCACGCUGCGGGAUGACAUGAAGGUCACACUGAAUGGCGUGGAGACCCCUGCUCCCUUCAUCUCGGGGGGUGUUGAGGUGAUGCUGUAUGGAGCUCUGAUGCACGAGGUGAAGAUUCCCAGCCUGGGCUACGUGUUGACCUUCACCCCCGGCAACAACGAGUUCACAGUGCAGCUCACACCCAUGCUGCGCACAGCCAAGACGUCUGGCCUGUGCGGUUUUUGUGACCAGAACGAGAUCAAUGACUUUGCUCUGAAGGACGGCUCUGUGACUCUGGCGAGCCAUGUGUUCAUCAAGGAGUGGACCAUCGAGGACCCAAGUGGCCCGAGCUGUGAGCCCAUGGACAGCCUAACCUGCACCCAGCCGGCCAGCGACCAGUGCCUGAUCCUGCGCUCCAGCAUGUUCCAGCUGUGCCACGCUGCCGUUCCCCCUGCGCCCUACAUCGCCCUGUGUCAGGAGACCAGCUGCCGUGGGCAGGACCUCUGUCAGAUCGUGGCUACCUACAGUCACCUGUGCCGGCUGCAGGGAGUCUGCAUCAACUGGAGAUCCGCAGGCUUCUGUGCCCAACAGUGCCCUGGCUCCAUGGUGUUUGACAGCUGUAAAACUGGCUGUAUCCAGCAGUGUGCCGGCCCUUUCAACAGUACCCUGUGCAUGGACACGCCCACUGAGGGCUGCUUCUGUCCGCCGGGCAAAGUGUUAAACAACGGAGAGUGCGUCAAGGAGGAAACCUGCUCACAGUGCCUUGAUGAGAACAGAGUGGCCCACAGGCAUCUGGACUCCUGGAUUCCAGCCCACAAUCCUUGUCAGAUCUGCAUGUGCCUGGACAACAGGAAAAUCAACUGCACUGCACGGCCAUGCUCCAACACCAGAGCUCCGGUGUGUGGUGCGUGUGAGGUGCUCACCUUGAAGAGGGGCUCAGAACAGUGCUGCCAGGAGUAUGAGUGUGUGUGUGACGUGUUGAGCUGUGACCUGCCUCCGGUGCCCAAAUGCGCAGACGGAAUGCAUGCUGUGCUGACCAACCCAGGGGAAUGUAAACCUGCAUAUGAGUGCGCCUGCAAGAAAGAAGCCUGUAAGCUGGAGCCCAGACCGAGCUGCCCCUCCCACCGCAAACUCAGCGCUAGGGAGACUCAGUGUUGUGAUCGAUACGAUUGUACCUGCAACUGUGUCAACUCCACAGUGACCUGCCCACCAGGAUACCUCUCCACGUCUGUGACCAACGACUGCGGCUGCACUGUGGUCAGCUGCCUUCCUGACAAUGUGUGUGUCCAUCAUGAAGUUGUGUAUCAAGUUGGAAGUGUCUGGGAAGAAGCCUGCAAGACUUGCAUCUGCACUGGCAAGCAAGACAAGGUCACAGCGCUCCACAUUGUUGACUGCACAGAGAAAGUGUGCAAUGAGAUCUGCCCGGUGGGGACUAGUUACACCACAAAGGACGGCGGGUGCUGUGGAAAGUGUCAGAAAUCCGCCUGUCAGGAACACUUUGUUGGGGGGCCGCUGGGUGACAUGGACAGUGGGGGCCGUCUACGACGUGUGGGUGAGCGGUGGCACUCUGCUGAGAACCCCUGUGUGAUCAACGAGUGCGUGCAGGUGAACGAGGAAGUGUUUAUAAACCAGCAGAACCUGUCCUGCUCCCAGCUGGACACACCCCACUGCCCCCCCGGGACUGCACUGCAGUGCAACACCUUCGGAGACUGCUGUCCCUCCUGCCACUGCGCUCCUGUGGAUGGUUGUGUCAUGAAUAAUACCGUCAUUGGGUCAGGAGAGAUGUUCUUGAUCGAUGAAUGCACUCGGUGCCAGUGCAGUGUGGAGAUGGGCGUUAUCAAGAGGUAUCAGCUGUUGUGUGGGAAAAUGACCUGCUCCCCGUGUCAGGAGGGGUAUCGGCUGGAGAAGGUGAACGGGUCGUGCUGUGGGAAAUGUAUAGCAACCACUUGCUCUUUCUCACUUAAAGAUGGAACAGCUGUUCACCUCCAGGAGGGGGAAACCCGAGAAGAUGGAUGCACUUCUUUUGUGUGUAAAGUCAACGAGAGGGGAGACUUCAUGUUGGAGACUAAAGUGACCAGAUGCCCCCCCUUCGAUAAAGACAAAUGUGUGGCUGAUGGGGGUAAGGUUGUGCAACUGGGAAAAACCUGCUGUGAAACAUGUGCAGAGCCAGAAUGCAAGCAGACCGUUGGGAUUCUGAAAUAUAUUAAGAUGGACGACUGCAUGUCUGAAAAUCAAAUGGACAUUCAUUACUGUGAGGGGAAAUGUUCCAGCAAGUCCAUCUACUCUUUGGAGCACCAUCACGUGGAGAGUCACUGUGUGUGCUGUUCAGCCACAGCCACAGAGCCCAUGGUGGUUCCUCUGAGGUGUGCCAAUGGGACUGUGCUGCAGCACGAGGUGCUGAACGUCAAGCAGUGUGACUGCUUAUCCCACGCUUGCGCAGGAGAGUGAAAAACAAGCAUGUCUAUAUAAAUAUAUACAAUCCCAAGCAUGGAAUGCUCUGUAUCACACUGUAAGGUAGUCACAAUUCCACUGUUGACGUAGCUGCUUCAUUCUGCUAUCCUCCAUUAUUGCACUAAACAGAUUUGUUGCACAAUAUUUUCACUCUUGCUUUGCGAAUACUGUGGACUUAUAAUAGCCAAUUCCACGUUUCCACCUUUUGUAUUUUUACACGUUGAAACUUCUCUCAAUAAAUGUUCUGUACAUGUUUUAUCGAA